GUUAGCUUGCUUGCCUGCUCGCCAGUCAGCCGUCUCGCUGGUAUAUAAGACGUGACUGCGAGCAAGGAAGCCUCUCAAACACACUUCACACCAUGGGAUUCGGACCAAACAACGACCUCGCGAUCGAACGCUCCUCCGCCGGCGGCCUCGUCAAGUACGGCGGGCUCAACGGCCAGGCCCUCCUCGUCGCCAUAGUGGCUACUGGCACCUGUGGCUUCUCUUUGUUCGGCUAUGACCAGGGCCUCAUGAGUGGUAUCAUCGGGGCCAAGACGUUCAACGACGAGUUCCCCGCCACACGCACCGUGGGCGCCAACGACGUGUACCACUCUACGAUCCAGGGCUCGGUGACGGCAUGCUACGAGGUCGGAUGCUUCUUCGGCGCCAUGUUCGCCUACUUCUUCGGCGACCGCCUCGGACGCCGCCGCAUGAUGCUGCUCGGCUGUAUCGUCAUGAUCAUCGGCACCGUCAUCACCGUCACGGCCUUUGGGCCGGGUAACCCGCGCGGCAGCGUCGGCGGCUUCGUGCAGUUCAUCAUUGGCCGUGUGAUCACGGGGUUGGGUAACGGCGCCAACACGGCCACUAUCCCCUCGUGGAUCGCCGAGACCUCCAAGGCGCACAACCGUGGCUUCCUCAUCUGUCUCGAGGGCUCCACGGUCGCAGUGGGCACAGUCAUUGCCUACUGGAUGGACUUUGGCCUCUCGUACGUCGACUCGAGCGUCAACUGGCGCUUCCCGAUCGCCUUCCAGAUCUUCUUCGCCCUCAUCGUCGUCGCUGGCGUGCUCGUCCUCCCCGAGUCGCCACGCUGGCUCAUGGCAAAGGGAUACCCUGAUGAGGCACUGCGUGUGCUUGCGGCACUCCGCGCCGAGUCGCCCACCGACGAAGGUGCCCUGCUUGAGAAGGAGCAGAUGGCGUCGUCGAUCGAGGCGCAGGCCCGCGCCGCGUCCAACAAGAAGUCGGACAUCCUCAAGGGCGGCAAGCAGAACCACCGUGUUCGUGCCCUCGUUGGCGCUUCGACCCAGCUCUUCCAGCAGAUUGGAGGCUGCAACGCCGUCAUCUACUACUCCACCAUCCUCUUCGAGAAGUCGAUCAAGCUCACCGGCAAGCUCCCCCUCAUCCUCGGCGGUGUCCUCGCGGUCAUCUACAUGCUCUUCGCCUUCCUCUCCUUCACGCUCGUCGAGAAGGUCGGCCGCCGUAACCUCUUCCUCGUCGGAACCGUGGGCCAGGGCGCCGCCAUGCUCAUCACCUGGGCGUGUCUCUUCCCGAACCGCUCGCUCCCCAAGGACGCCGAUGGCAACUGGGAGGCGCUCGCGCCCAAGGGCGGCGCCGUCGGCCUGUACCUCUUCAUCGCCUUCUUCGGCGCCACGUGGCUCCCCCUCCCCUGGCUCUACCCCGCCGAGCUGAACGCCAUGGCCGUCCGUACCGAGGCCAACGCCAUCUCGACCAUGACCAACUGGAUCUCCAACUUCCUCGUCGUGCAGGUCCUCCCGACCAUGGUCGCGUCCAUCGGCCACUGGACCUUCUUCCUCUUCUUCGCCGCCAACGUUUGCUUCCUCCCCUUCAUCUACCUCUGGUACCCCGAGACCGCUGGCCGCACGCUCGAAGAGAUCGACGUGCUCUAUGCCCAGGCACACUUCGAGCACAAGCGCGUCGUCAAGGUCGCUGCCGAGGUGCCCAAGCUCUCGGACCAGCAGAUCCAAAUCCUGACCGACCGCUACGACAUCCACGGCUCCACUGGUGGCCUCGAGGCCGGCGAGGUCGACACGAGCAUCCCCUCUGCCUCGUCGGACGCCGGACACGAGAAGGCUCACGUUGAGGAGUCGUCCGAGGAUCCGUCACCCACCCAGACUCGUGUCGGCUCGGUCGACCACGGCAACGAGAAGUAAACUUGCCCUCUUGUCCUCCAACUGUAUCGUUUUAGAUGGGCCAUGCCCCUGUAUAGAUUCUAGAUGGAUG